AUGGAGUCUGACGGCGGGGAGGAGGCGGCGGCGACGCCGACGCCGGGGAAGGUCGCAGCGACGCCGGCGGCGGGGAGGCUGAAGGGCUGCCCGGAGCUGACGGUGGAGGGCGACAUGCGGGAGAUGGCCAAGACGGCCGCCUGGAGCGUCAGCUCCUGCAAGCCCGGCAACGGCGUCGCCUCCCUCCGCGACGACAGCCUCGACACCUACUGGCAGUCGGACGACGCGCAGCCGCACCUGGUCAGCAUCCAGUUCCAGAAGAAGGUGCAACUGCAGGAAGCAUGGAAGGAGGUGUUCAGAGACACGGAUCUUUCUUCAGACAGCGAGGACGACGACGAGUUGAAGCAUCUCAAGAGGACGUUAGGAGCUGAGUCUGAAACCCAUCUAUUUCAGGUAGAACAUCUCUAG